AUGGGAGUUUGCUAAGCAAAAAAGUAAAAUUAAAAACUUGCCUCACCUCCAAUAACUUAAAUAGAAACAAAUUUAAAAACAGAAAUAUUAGGAGCAUAAAAUGUUUUAUCAAGAAGAUCUAACAUUUCUCCAUAAGAAAAGAAAAUCUUUUGUGAUUCUAUUUUUUCACCAAAUACAGAUGGAAAUAUAGUUAUAUCUAGAUAAAGAAAUCCAAUUUCAGUGUUAAAAAUCUAAAAUAAUAUUUCUGGAUUACAUACUUGUACAGCUAGCCCAAUUCUUGAAACCACAAGUGCUUCAAAAAAAUAUACUAUAAUUGGUUAACAUUCUUCAAAUUAUGUAUUUUAUUAGUCAUAUGCUUUUAGUAAAUUUCUAUUUUGUAAAAUAAUAAGACAGGAAAAUUAGUGCAAAUGGAAAAUUUUUAGAAGUUUAAUCCUGAUAAUGAGAAAUAUAUUUCAUGGUUAUAAAAAGUUGUUUUAGUAAAUUAUUUUAAUAAUUAUAGGAUCAUCCUAAUAUACUUAGGAUUAUUGAAAUAUUUCAAGACAGAAUCAAUUAUUAAGUUGUAUCUGAACAUUUUCAUGGAAAUUGUUUAUCAGAUUUAAUUAUAGGAUAGGCAAAAGUUUCAAAAAGUUUAGUAUCCUAAAUUUAUGAAUAAAUUAUAUCUGCUAUGCAAUAUCUCCAUUCAAGAAAUAUUGUUCACGGAAAUUUAACACUAAAAUCUUUUUAAUAUAUUUAAAGUAGUAAUGGAGGAGUGAUAGUAAAAUUAGUAAAUUUGAAAGGAAUCAUUUUAAGAGAAGAAGAUAAUCUAGAAAUUAUUAAAUUAUUACCUCCAGAAUGUUUAUAUCAUCAGAAUCUCUUUACUAAAGAAAGAGAUAUUUGGACAGUAGGAUUAAUUGGCUAUACUUUAAAAAAAGGUUAGUUGCCUUAUAACUUCUCUUCUAAUCAUACAUAAUAAUUUUUGAUUACCAUAAUUAAAGAUCACAAAUUCAAUUUCUCAAAAAAGAAGGAUUUAGUUUUUAAGAAUUUUUUAGAAUCUACAUUAGCAAAAGAUCCUCACCAUCGUGUAGAUUUUGAAACUCUAUUAAAACAUCAAUUUAUAAAAAAUCAUAGAAUUAAGAAAAUUACUCAAUAAGAAAUUCUACUUACUAAUUUUAUCACAAAUAAACCUUGUUGUACAAUUCAAUAAUUAUUGUUGGGAUAUUUUGGAUAGGAAUUUAAUUGGGAAGAAUAUAUAGCUAUAUAAAAAUUAUUUUCAGAAGGAGAUUAAGAUAUGGAUGGAUUAUUAAGUAAAUAAGAGUUAAUUAAACUCUUUUCUCAUUAUAAAAAAAUAGAAGAAAUAGAUAAUAAAAUAUAAGAAAUAUUUUAAUAAUUAGAAGUAAACACUGAAAAUGGAGGAAUAGAUUCUACAUAAUUCAUGUCCUUAGCCUUAACUAGAUCUACUUUAAUAACCUAAUAAAACAUUGAAACUUGCUUUUAAAUCUUUUCUUAUAAUAAAUAAGAAAUCUAACUAAAAGGACUUAAAAGACAUUUAUAAUGUGAAACUGCUGAUAUUAAAUAUGAGUUUUCUUAAAUCACAGAUGAUUUAAAUACAGUAAUAUUAAUAAUUUAAUUUUAGCUUAAUUGGCAUUAGUUUGAAUCAAUUAUGAAACUACUCUUAGAAUGA